AUGUCGAAAGAAGAAGAGGUCAGAAGGCUCGAAGAGGAGUCCCACCAGGAAGAGACCGAUGUUAUGGAUGAAUAUGAAUCCCCAUCACAACUCCCACCACCAACCUACGAUUCGCUGUACAGCGACAGCUUAGCAUCGCCAAUCCUCGAAAAUGACAUGACACGAUUGGCGACUUUUGAAGAUAACGGGCGCUUCAGUAUAGAUCUGCAAGCUGGAUCUCGUACAUCAGCAAUCGUUCAGACUUUCGUCGUUCCAAUCACGCGCCCAAAGGUCAUUCGAAUUGACGAAAACUCAACUCUUGAAUCCCCCGUCGAGAACUUGACUCUUUUAUCACCAGUCGCGACCGUGACUCCUGCCACCCCAGUAGAAAAGACCAAACGGGGGAUCUCUUUGGAUAUUGUUCUAAUGCUCGUCGGCAGCAGAGAUGAAAUCAAAUCGUGCAUUGCAAUUGCUCAGGAACUUCAAGAACAAGGUCAUCGGGCUAGAGUUGUAACACACUCUAUCUUCAAAAGCUUGAUAAUGAGUUUGGGCCUGGAGUUUUUCUCUAUCAGCAGCGACCCAGAUCACCCCAUUGCUAAGCGAGACUCGGGCCUCAUUCCAGGGCUACGCAGCCCAAAGAGGGCUGAAGUCCUCAAAAGCAACGAAAUUCUCCGCGACACCCUUCAAGCUUCUUGGAUUGCCUGUACUCAUCCAGGUUCAUGGGAAGAAAGGCCAUUCUUGGCAGAUGCUAUUAUUGCCACACCCCUCGCCCACGCACACAUUCACUGCGCCGAGCGCUUGUCGAUCCCGCUUCACAUCAUGUCUACUACUCCCUGGACCCCUACCGAAGAGUUCGCGCAUACCUUGGCUCAAAUUCAAAAGGAUGAAGGGGCUCAGCCAGGUGUUCAGAACUACAUCUCUCAUAUGCUGAUUGGCGAGUCUGUUUGGCAAGACACUUAUCCUAUGGUCGACAACUUUCGACAGCACACUUUGGGCUUGUCACAGAUACCACUAGUGGGUGGAGGAGAGCUACUGCAACAAUUGGACGUUCCUCAUACAUAUCUCUGGUCCUCCUCCCUGGUACCCAAGCCGGAAGACUGGGAUGACAAAAAUGACAUCUCGGGAUACGCAUGGCUCGAUGAGCCAUCUCCCUUCCAGCCUUCGAAUGAACUUCAGCAGUUUCUCGAGUCUGCAGUGGCACCUGUCUACGUCGCCAUUGAUAUCACCUCACUCAGCAACUCUGAGAAAUUUGUCCGCUGCCUAAGACAAGCUUCAAUUGAAUACGGGCUUUCAUUCCUCUUACCAAGCUCAUUCCACCCAGUGUCUGGUAUUGCUGAAACUAACAAAAUAUUUGUUUGCCAUAAUGUUCCAUUGGAUUGGAUCGUACCAAGAACUGAGAUUCUUCUCACCCAUGGCGAUGCUCAUACAGUAUCGAUAGGCUUGCGCUACGGCAAGCCAAUGAUCUCGCUGCCUGUUCUGGGGGACCAACCAUUCUGGUCCGAGGCUAUCUCCAAGGCGGGUGUCGGCUCAGCGCCGCUCAACGAACGAAACUUGUCUUCCGAGAUGAUCGUCACCGCAUUCCGCUUUUGCUUGCAAAAAGAAACUCGAGAGAAAAUGGCCCAAGCCCAAAAUAGCACUUUGAGCGAGGAUGGAACAUCAAACGCUGUGGAGUCGUUCCAUCGUCAUGUUCGAUCGAAUGAGAUGAUUUGCAGUAUCACCCGAACUGACCUCGCGACCUAUUAUGUCAGACAAAGGCCUUCCGUCCAAAUCUCAUCUAUCGCAGCAGCUCUCUUGAUAAAGUCGAACAAAAUCAGAUUAUCUGGGUUGGACACUAUUCAACGCCGAAAAUAUAUUAGUCAGAAGCCACAUGGUGGUGAGGCUAUUGAAAAGGGCUCCAAGCUCGACUUGGUCACAGUGAAGUCGGUGGGUAUGGGUCUAAUCAAGGCCAUUGCCAAGCCAACUGUUUCACACAUUGCCGACGCAUGUUCGCCCAAGCCUCUCAGCACGGUUGAGAAAGUUCCCCUUGAAGGAUCAAAAAUGGUGAGCAAACUUGCUAAGCAAGUGGGAUUUACAUCCGCUGUCUUUAUUGGAAAGAUUGCUAUCCUGCCUUUCAAGACUGUCUACUACAUGGGUGAGACCGCGACAUACGGCGUGCGCGCUUGCAAAGGACCUCAAAGUCGAGAGGUGAAAGAGCAAACGAUCAAACCAAAACAGAUUGAAGAAAUUAGCAGUCCAGCAGCUGAUCCCAUGUCUCGCUCAACUAUCGAUUGCCAGCAGCUCGACAGCCUCGGCAAUCUGAAGCUCGAGCGAGGAAGAAGAGAUAAGCGAGCCCAGGACCCAAAGUUUGUGGAAAUGGUUCUCUCCGAGUUUGAAAGUCUCUGCUCUUCCAUGUCUUCUUCGUCUUCUGCUCCAUCACUGCAAAGCACAGAGUAUUAUGGCUUCAAAUAG